AUGCCCCAAUCCAAGGCUACAAAAAGUGAGGGCACUGCCUCGGAUAUUACCAAUGAGUUAUCAUUGUCAACUGAGGCCGAGGUUGACGCCGGCAGUCAAAGCCUUGAGAAGAACGACGAGUCUCCAGCACGGCUAUGGCCGCCACCACUGUACCAGGCAUACUGCCUAGAUCAUUUCCUGAUGGAGUGCUCCAUAUACCACGACGAGGAGAACAGGAAGUUCAGAAUUAUGGCUGACCAGCUCCGGAUUCUGACCCAAAUGACAAAGAAACCAAGUAAAUGGUCAGCGGCGCCAACGAGGGUGCAGCCUUCCAGACGUGCUAGAGAGAAGAGAGCGAACCCAGAGGCCGAGACAAAGACCAAGACGAUUCAGUCUCAAAGUGUUUCGCAAGAGGACGAAGAGGAAAAGUCAGUAGAACCAGAUCCAGCGGAGGCAGAUAAGGGCCUGAAGGUCUUGCAUGAGCGUCUUGACCUCCACAUUCCAUGGCUAGAUUACAAGGAGCAGCUUUACACUCGCGUGAGGGAGACAUCUGACCAUCUGAACGCCAAGAACGAGGGUGAAGGGGUCCGUACGCCAACGCACACAGACUGCGCCUUCGCCGGUGCAUUGGCACUCGAGUGUCGCUACUGCGGACUCCGCGACACGAUACUAGACGAAGGCGCCCUCACCCCGAGAAAACUGGCGCCACCAGCACCAAUGCAUCUGAUCGAAGCCGAAGACAUCCUUCCCGACCAGGUGGGUCAAUUUGCGGGCAUCACAUUCGCAGUCGAUAUCUGCGGCGUCGAAGAGAAGCUCGUCCUGCUCAAGCUCGUUGGGCUGCAGGACAUCUGCAAGGACGAACUCGAGCGGACAGGGACAGGUUCGCCAGACGGCGUGGGUGAUACGAAGACAGAGUCCGAACCGGCUAGCAGUGCCAGGUCGACGAAGAGAGUUCGGGCCAAGGAGACGGACACCGCGAACAAGAGUGAAACCGUCUCGACUCGCAAGAGAAGGAAGGUAACUUGA